AAUGCUACACAUGGAGCUCUAGAACCCGCCAAUUUCCUGGAUUUUCAAUGUUGUUAACAAAAACCCAAACCCUGCCUCCGCACAAAGUAAAAGUAUCAGUAUAACUCCGCUGGAAAAAUUCACCUACGGCGGCGAUGACGACGACGAAGAUGGUAAUCGAGAAAGUGGGAUUAGGAACGGUGAAUGCAUCAGCGUCACCGGCUUACAAAUCGCCCUUCACCAUCGGCGAUGAAGUCGAGGUUAGCAGAGAGGAAGUGGGUUAUAGUGGAGCUCUCUAUGAAGCUGUCAUUGUUGAACCAUUGAAGCCAACGGCUCCGUUUCCGUACCCUAAAAGCGAAAAUAAGAAAAGGGGGUUUUGGGUUCAGUACAAGCAUUUAUUAUCUGACCAAGGUGAAUCGGUAUCUAAACGCGAGUUCGUCAGAAAACAGUCCCUUAUACGACCUGCACCACCGGCUGCGAAGUGGGAUCAGCGGCGGAAUUUUCGAGUGGGCGAUGUUGUUGAUGCAUUUCAUCUUGCAGGGUGGUGGACUGGGGUUGUUGUUUCAAUUGUUUGGGAUGACGGUGGUAAUAACGGUUGUAGGUUCCGGGUGGCUUUCAGGGACCCGGAUGAGGAGAUUGAAUUUUCCGAAUAUGACUUGAGGUUUCAUCUGGAUUGGAUUGGUGGAAGUUGGGUACGUCCUGAUCCGCCACAUGAAAAGAUGUCUCUUCACUUGGGAACUCCAAGUCCUACAUUAAAUCAUAUUAACAAGGGAAUAACCUCUUCUAAGAUGAAACUGGAAACAGAUACUAGGAUUGAUGAGGUACGACCUCCGAAGAAGUUAAGAAGUAGAAAACAUGUUGUAGAAGCUCUGGAGAAUCAAGAAUUACCUAGGCCUUUUGUAUCUGGGAAGGCAUUUACGAGAAAAUCAAGAUUACUUGAUUUUGUAGAAAACCAAGAUUACUUUGGAAGUGUGGUUGAUGUGGGAAUCCUUUCACCCUGUGUCCAGUCUCUCCAGCACACCCGAGAUGAGGAUGCGAACCUAAGUGAUUUUGAAUUUCCAAUUAUUGAGGGAAGCAACGAAAGAAGUACCAUGGACCUGUCUGCCCAUAGAUCACUUGCUGUGACACAAGGCGUGGAGAAACAAGUACUUGAAAGCACUCUCCAUGACUCGGUUAAUGAAAAGAAUGCAACAAAUCAAGCUGAGUUAUCUUCAAGAAAAACUGAUGGGAUAAAUACUUCAGCAGGAGCGUCUGCUGCAACAGUCCAACCAUGUAGUGAGACCACUAUGCCUGGGAGUGAGCCGAGGUUGGUACUACCAUUUAAGAAGAACUCUGCUCUUUGGAGAGAAUUUGAAUCCAUGGAAGUAUUUACAAAAAUUCCGCAAAAUCCACAUUUUUCACCUUUAGCACAAUAUGAGGAGAAAAAACGAGAGGAAGUAGCUUUACUGAAGAUGACGAAGUAUGUAUUUUUUGUUGAGAGGAUACCAAAGUUAACCGUUGCUGAACUUAGUAGUUCAGCUCUCAUUAGUGAGAUGCUGGACACUAUCAAGGACUUGGAGGAGUAUGGAUUUGAUCUAAUACCGAUUAAAUGUCAUUUGAAUGAUUUGAUGUUAAACAACGAUAAGCAAACUCAGCUCCGAAGCAAGUUGCAAGAAGAGGAGGGUAAACUCAAAAAAUGCUAUCUUGAGAAAGCAGUUGCUAACAACGAGAUUAACAAGAUUGCUUUGAAGAUAAAGGAUCUAGAGAAACAACUUAUGUCAGCCAAAACCAUGAUUGAGACAGUGGAGCAUCAUAUCAAGGUAUCAGGAUCUUUAAAGGGUACCAUUUGUGAUGACAUUCGUCACGCUGAGCGUGAUUUUGAAGCAACAAUGGCUUCAGUGAAGCAAAUAUUCAGCUGAAGAGAACUUCACCUUUUGUAAAUCUUCAUAUGAAAGACGAUUGAUUUCGUCAAAAUGUUGGUAAGUUAAGAAAUCCUUGCCGAUUUCAGUUUUACAUAGUAGUAUGUUUCUCAUUUAAAAACAAAUUUGGUACAGAACUUAGUUAUGAAGCAUAUUUUGUAAAUCUUUUCGCAUGUUUGCUUCUAACGUUGAUAAAAGUACUUUUUGAGUUACUUUGUAGAGAAGAUUUGUGUAGUCUACGUCAACUUGUUUGGGGUCAAGGCGUAGUUUUUAGUGUUAUUAACUCAGUGUGCAUGUGUGUCAAAGUGUUUGUAAAUCAAGUGAUGACUAUUAAUAACACUGUAAUACUGUCUCUAUAUAAAUGGUGAAGUUCAAAAUGGGGAACUAGUCACUUUGAG